AUGGGAUUUCAUGUGUGGCUUGUUUGCAAAACAUUAGCAGUCUUAGACGAUGUCAGCAGUAUUGUUGUAUUAAAACACGGCAAGGGUUUGAACAAACAAUUGCCCCAUAAAACGAUAUAUAUUCUUAAUUGGGAUAGUAAUUUGGAUACACAAAAUAAUUUAUUCGAUCGUUGCACUGUAAGAAAUUGUAUAAUAACUAAAGAUAGACAUUAUUUCGGUGAGGAUUAUUCAAACUUUGAUGCGCUGCUGUUCACUGAAUCAUUCUUAGGUUCAAAUUACAAACCACAAAAGGGAUCAAAAGCUCUCCGUAUCUUUGCGUCGCCCUCACCACCACAUAAUAAAAUAACCUGUGAUAAACACUAUGACAACUUCUUUAAUUUGACAUUUACGUAUCGCCUUAACUCCGACAUCGUAUGGAAAUAUUUUGUUGUGCGAAAUUUUACCAGAAAUAUUAUAGCUCCAAACCUCGCUCCCGUGUGGGAUGUGAAUCCGAACUCAGUUAAUAUUAACAUAAAGUCCAUUAUACAACGCAAAAUGAGACCAGUCGCGUACAUGGAAUGUGAUAGUAAUUACGACAGUUGGAAAAAGACGUACCUCACUAAACUAGAAAACAACCUCUCACAGUACUUCCUGAAAAUUGAUACGUACCAUUGCUCUGGGUGUAGGUAUGGCAAUUGUAAAAAUAUGCUAAGAAGCGAUUAUUACUUUUACAUAAUAUUUGAAGACUAUUUCGCUGAGGACUAUGUGACAAAGAAAUUAUUAUAUGCUUACGAUAAUUACGUGGUUCCAAUAAUUUAUGGUGGUGCUAAUUAUAGCAGAUUUCUACCACCGCAUUCUUAUAUUGACGCUUACGAAACAAAUCCCAACGAUAUCGCCGCAGAAAUUCAAAGAUCACUAAACAGCUAUGCUGAUUAUGAAAAAUAUUUCAAAUGGAGGAACAUAUACACAAUCGAAAACUACCAACCGUUUUGCGACCUGUGCGAUGUUUUAAAUCGGAGGAAAUCAAGAAUCACGCCCGCAAAGAAAGACUUCAGGGAGUGGUGGAACGGUAAAGGUGGUAUUAAGUUAUGUUCUUUACAGCAAUUUAAUAAUGGAACUCCAGAAAGUGAUUUAAAGCUAGCCAGCUAG